CGAAAACAUUGUAUACGAAUAUGUAUAUUGGGUAUAUUGUUUGGAAUUUAGUGCAAGCAUUUGUGAGAAGUUCAAUACUUUUGGUUAUCCAUAAGUGAAGUUGCAUUGAUGAGAAGCGAAUAUGUCCGGUCGUAAGUGUAGUAAUUGCGGUAGCGCUGACAUCGAAGUCGACAAUGCUCGCGGCGACGCCGUUUGUACAAACUGCGGUUCGGUCCUUGAGGACAACAUAAUCGUUUCGGAAGUUCAGUUCGAAGAAAAUGCCCAUGGUGCAUCCAGUGCGGUCGGCCAGUUUGUGGCAUCCGAUUCGAAAGGUGGCGCCACUGCCUACGGGAAGUUCCACGUCGGGACGGGAACGGAAUCGCGUGAAGUUACUUUGCGUAAAGCGCGCCAGGGGAUUACGCAUUUGUGUUAUCAGCUGCAUUUGAACACCCACUGCAUUGAAACGGCUUGUAAUUUCUUCAAGAUGGCUUUGAUAAGACAUCUAACCAGGGGCAGAAGGAACACUCACAUUUAUGCAGCAUGCGUCUAUAUUACGUGCCGGACCGAGGGCACUUCGCAUCUUCUGAUUGACAUUAGCGACGUGCUACAGAUUUGCUGCUACGAGCUCGGCAGAACUUAUCUGAAGCUGUCCCAGGCUUUGUGCAUUAAUAUACCAUCGAUCGACCCCUGCAUCUACAUUAUGCGCUACGCAAACAAGCUCGAAUUUGGCGAAAAAACUCACGAGGUGUCAAUGACCGCCCAGCGUUUGGUGCAGCGCAUGAAAAAGGACUCCAUCCAUUCCGGCAGGCGACCGUCCGGUUUGUGCGGAGCGGCGCUACUGUUGGCCGCUCGAAUGCACGAAUACAGCCGAACACCGAACGAUAUCGUGCGGAUUGUGAAGAUCCACGAAUCCACGCUGCGCAAACGAUUGGUCGAAUUCGGGGAGACACCAAGCAGUGCGCUAACGUUGGACGAGUUCAUGUCGGUGGAUCUGGAAGCGGAACAAGAUCCACCCGCCUUCAAAGCUGCCAGAAAGAAAGAUAAGGAGAGACUGCAGAAACUGGGGGAAUCCAAUACGGAAUUCAAUCAGCUGCAGGCGGAAAUCGAUGCUGCUUUGGAUCGAGAUUUGCACAAAUCCUUAAGCCGCAAGAGAAAGCUGAAGGGAGAGGAUUUCGGGGUAGAUGAAGUACGCGAAACGGAUCAGUUUAUCAACGAAUCAACUAUCGAUGUUAUUAAUGAGUGUUUGGAAGAAGAUCCAGACAACCCCGCAGCGGGCAUGACAGGGAAUAGACGCGCAAAACCGGCAGUUCCGGAAGGAAUGAAGCCCGAUUUGAUAGCCAUGUGUUCCAACAAUUCAGAACAAAAAGAGAAUAACAAAUCGGAAACUGCGGAUGGUGAUGGUGACCUGAUUUGCGAUGAUUUGGACGACGAAGAAAUCAAUGGUUAUAUUAUGACGGAAGAGGAAGCACGGUACAAGGAUAUGAUGUGGAAUCGAUUACAUGCGGAAUAUCUGAAGGAAAUGAAAGAAAAGGAAGAGCGUCUGGCCAAAGAACGUGAGGAAGGUAAACCAGAGAAGAAGAAAAGGAAAAGCGUCCGUAAGAAGACCAUCGGACCGUCGAGCUCAGCGGGCGAAGCUAUCGAAAAGAUGCUUCAAGAGAAGAAGAUCUCCAGUAAGAUAAACUACGACAUUCUGAAGACCCUCACUGACAGUAGUAGCGUCAAGGAAUCACAACCGGAAACAUCGGUGAAGAACGAAUCAAGUGAAAUUGACAUUUUAUCACGAACGCGGAUUAAACCAGAAACAGCACUUAAUAGAAGUUCCCGGCCGGCCGUGAACCUAGCGAUUCCCCCUCGGAGGAAGCCAGCCAUUACUGCUACUUUGCCCGUCGUCAGCAGUGGUUCCGAAGAUGUUAAGCCGAUUAUUGAAGAACCACCAACACCUAAAACGGAGCAAGAUCACAUCGAUGACUACGACGACGACGUCGAUGCAGAACCAGAGCCGGAACCAGAACAUAAAUCGCUUGCCGAUAUGUUGAAUACAGGAGAUGAUGAUGACUACUAUGGAUAUGAAGAAGAUUAUUAGAUGGAUAUCUUUCAAAUUCAAAUAUUGAUAAAUGUUAUUAUUUUUUUUUUAGAAAGGGUUGAACCCUUUGCCAGAAAUGAUGAAAUGAUCGCUUUUUAGUCGUAUUGUUCGCAAUGAAUUUUACGUGAAGAA